CAACUUCGACUGCGGCACUACGAAAACCCCUUAUCGCCGCCUUGCUUCUCCAUAAAGGUAGCCCGGCGCAUCCUCGACACAACCUAUCACUACCGCCGACAGGUAGACAGCACAAAGUGGAAUAUUCAAAAUGGCUCGCGUGGGAGUCAUAAGCUCCCUUCGGGCCUCGAUGCGCUCGACUGCCGCCAAAACGGGGGCUGUCCGCUGCUUCUCAAGCUAUCUAGUUACCCCCAAGGAGCUGCACGAAGCCCUCAAGAAAGCCCCUCCUUCUCCCAUCUCAUCCGAACCCCGUGUCAUUCCUCUAUGCGCCUCCUGGUUCCUUCCAAACGACCCACAAAAGCGCACCGGCCUCGACGUUUUCAUCGAAAAGAGAAUCCCUAAGGCACGCUUCUUCGACCUUGACAAGGUCAUCGAUAAGCGCAGCCCUUACCCUCACAUGCUACCCAGCUCCAAAGACUUUGCCGCUGCCAUGAGUGAGCUCGGCAUCCGCCGCGAAGACACUGUGGUCAUCUACGACAGCCAAGAGCUGGGCAUCUUCAGCGCCCCCCGUGUUGGCUGGACCAUGAAGGUCUUUGGUCACCCCAAGGUUCACAUUCUCAACAACUUCAAGCUAUGGAUCGAGGAGGGUCUCCCUACCGAAUCCGGAAACGUCUGGACGAUUGAGUGCGGUACAUAUCCCAUUCCCGAGAUGAAUGAGGACAAGGUCGCAAGCUUCGAGGAGGUCCGUCAAGUUGCCAUUGACUCCAGUAAAGAGGGCUCCAAGAGCGUGCAGAUCCUGGAUGCGAGAUCGCCCGGUCGCUGGAGUGGCACGGAGCCGGAGCCGAGAGAGGGUCUGUCCUCGGGCCACAUGCCCGGCUCCAUCAACAUUCCCUUCGGUGCUGUCUUGGACCCCAGCACCAAGGCCUUCUUGCCAACCGACAAGUUGAAGGAGGUCUUCGCCAGGGCGGGCGUUGAUCCAUCAAAGCCCAUCAUCUCCAGCUGCGGAACCGGCGUCACGGCCUGCGUCCUUGAAACAGCGCUCAACGAGGCGCAGUUUGGAUCGCCUGAGAAGAGAAAGGUUUAUGAUGGAAGCUGGACUGAGUGGGCGCAACGGGUGAAGCCUUCCGAGUUGCUGAUCGAAAAGGCCGAAUAAGCGGAGAGAAAGGAGUAUGAACAGCUCUCGCCUUGGAGACCGGCCGAGCAAACAGCGUGGCGUCGAGUCGUCUUCCCUCUCUACCUUCUUCUGUACACGUUGCGCCUUGCCCAUCGAGGCUAGCUGGGACUGUGGUAGACCAGUGUGCUUCGUGGGCGUGCUGCGCCUGUUGGGUGGAAAAUGAAUAUUGUCAUUGGUGGUGUUCUAGGCGUUCGCAGGGAAGCCCUUGAAGGUUGUGUAAACAUGCAUUAAAGCGGGUUCUUGAGUCAAACAAUUCCAUUGCUUUUGGGAGUGCAACGAAAGCGCACUUGGAUCGGAAUCCUACAUGAACCUUGCGGGCAGCCAAGUGGCUGACGUCAUUUCUGCUGGUUUGCCUUUGUUUCAACUCAUUCACCAUCAUAUAUAACAGCACAUAUCCUCUUCGGCCCAACCUACCUGCACAAAGCAUGACGGAGCGGCCUAUAACGUCAGAGGUAUUGUUAUUCUCCCCCUGAGACGGGCGCAUGUCCUGACAUCCGAGCACGUUCGUGUACUUUGGACCACCACCAGUCGCAUAUCAACUGCUCGAAUGCUCCAGCACACGGCUUGCACUAUGAAGCGGCUUGCAUCUUCGUUCACGGAAUCUCAAAGCUCGAAACGGGCACGGAUAGGAUCGCUAGCCAGCCAUGGUAGCGGCGAGUCCCCAGGAGCCAACUGGCCUGCCAAAAAGGAGGAGAUUGAAGCGGCGAGACGCCUUAUUCUUGAAUGGU